AUGUGCAAACCACGACAUAUCGACGACAUUGUGAAUGUACAAAAGAAAAAUGUGAAUGAAAUCAUACAUGCUUUAGAACGAUUGGAUUCAGUAAAUGAGCAAGCGCUGAAACAGAAAACGAAAGCCAUUGAAGAAAAACAACAAGCUAUUGAAGAGAAAGAUCAAAUUAUUGAAGAAAAACAACAAACUAUUGAAGAAAAACAACAAGCUAUUGAAGAGAAAGAUCAAAUUAUUGAAGAAAAAGAAAAAAUAUUACAAGAGAAAACACAAGAAUGUUUAGAAUUUAAAAAGAAAUGUUUAUUUCUCGAAGAACAACUGUUAAACUCAAAACAAAUCACAUACGAGGAAGAAGAAAAUCAAGCUAUUUUGAAGAAUCUCCAAUGGAAUACCAAGGGUGUAUGGAAAUUUAUUCCUUUGUUAGUUAUACCAAUAUACUUCCUUAUUAAAAAAAUGUAA